CAUUUGUAUUGCAAAGCAAAGCAACGACGUUUGUGGAAACAAAUACAAGUGAACUCUGAGGCGCUAUGUUCAUAUUCCUUGCGUACGUGAAAUGUGGGUGUUCAUCUUAUAUUUAAAACUUGAAUUUCGAAAUUAUAAAUUUUCUUUUGUGGACUGUAGACUUAUGGCAUGUUGGCAACCAUUUUCGUCGUUCUCGAGAAUUUUCUUAAAUCAAAUAAAUUGUUAACUCUUUUGAGUAAAAAUAAAGAACACAUUGACUAAGAUUUUUUAAAUAUUUUAAAAAGUUAUAAUAGAAUAUGUCAGGUACAGAGGCAGGUGAUAAACGUGAACAAAUUAACUUGGCUGCGCUGAGUGUUGAACAAUUAGUUCAAAUUAAACAAGAAUUUGAGCAGGACAUAAGUAAUAUACAAGAUUCCUUGCAAACAUUAUACAAUUGUAAAGCAAAAUAUGCUCUAUCAAAAGAAGCACUGGAAUCUUUUCAUCCCGAUUGGAAAGAUCAUCAAAUUUUAGUACCAUUAACCAGCAGUAUGUAUAUUCCCGGCCGUAUUAAGGAUUUAGAUAAUUUUAUACUGGAUGUUGGUACGGGUUAUUACGUAGAAAAGAAUUUAGAAAGCUCCAAGGAUUACUUUAAACGACGUAUUGAAUAUGUACAGGAACAAAUUGAAAAUAUUGAAAAGAUACAAAUACAGAAAAGCCGUUUCCUAAGUGCUGUUAACGGUGUAAUAGAAAUAAAACAAAUGGCCGCGCUUAAGCAAAUGCAACAACAACAACAAGCGGCUUAGAUAAUACAAAAC